AUGGAAUCAAGUGUCCAUUGUAUAUCCAGGGUCGCUGAAGAGAACCAAAUGUGCGGUCUCAUGCGAGCAAUGGCACCGAAGCGGAAGGGUGGCAAUGGGCGGCAGAAGACCAUCAUGCGGCGGGUCGAGAAGGAGGGCGCCCGGCAGGUGUGCUUCGCCAAGCGCCGGCAAGGUCUGUUUAACAAAGCCAAUGAGCUGGCGGUGAUGUGCGGCGCCGAGGUAGCCGCCAUUUCCUACUCACCCGGAGGCAAUGCCUUCUCCUUUGGUCACCCCUCUGCUGAGGCCGUCAUAGACCGCUUCCUGGCGGGCGGCGCGACGGGAGUCCUGAGCGCCACCGACAAUAACAAGCUGAAGAAUUUGCACCUGCAGCACGACGAGCUACGCACGCAGCUGAAGGAGGUGAAGAUGCGGAAAGAGUGCAUAGAGGAGGCCAUGGCAAAGAAGUGUGUCGUGGGGGACCAGAUUGCGGUCUGGCUUAACCCCAAACUAGGUGACAUGGGGGAGGAGGAGAUGAUGGCCUUCGCCGCCAAGCUGAUGCCGGUGCGGGCCGCCAUCUCUGAAUGCGCAAACCAGGUACUCCUGGACCUGGGGAUGGAGAACAUCCUUCGCGCGCUCCAGGCGCCUGGGGUGCCACUGUCGCAACAGCUGAUCGGUGGAAGUACCUUUGAGUUUGGUAGCACCAGCACCAACACUAGAAUGGAGAUGCAGCAGAUGCAUAUGGCGAUGCCUCCAACUCGAGGAUUCGCCAUAGGGAUGGAUAUGCACCAUAUGCCAAUGGCGAUGCCUCCGCCGGGCUUGGCUUAUGGCAUGAAUAUGCAGCAGAUUCUUAUGUCGAUUCCUCCACCAUCCGGGUUUGGCGCUGGGAUGGAGAUGCAACAGAUGGUUAUGGUGAUGUCGCCGCAACCAGAAUUCGUCGCCGGGACGGAGAAGCAACAGGUGACUAUGGCGAUGCCGCUGACGGAGUUCCCUGCUAAUGUGGAGAUGCCGCCACCCAUGGGGAUUGCCGCUGGGAUAGAGAUGGUGCAGCAGGCGACCGGGACGAACAUGGGGUUCCCAUACUGAGGAGAAGAAGACAAGAUCCACAUCGAGUUCUGAGUACGAGUGUGAGUCCGGGAGUGAGGGUAUGAGUCCGUCUGAGUUAAACUAUCCAUUGACGCAUCAUAUGCAUCGAUGGAUGCCGAUCUCUUAGUUCAUUUGCAAUCUAGUUAUAUUAUUCA